GAAAAGAAAAGGGAAAUUGAGUUGAAGAUGGCUUAAUCAAUGCAGUGGCAUGCUUAUCCAAGCUCUUACCCCAAUAUAUUCUUCGGUUGAAUUCACAUUUUCACCAAACAAACCUUCACCCAUAUAAAACUCUUCAAACCCUAGUUUCAUUUCGGCGAUUCCUGCUACCUGAUCUUCUUUUGUCGUAUGGCUUCUGGCUUUGAUUUUGCAUCCGAUGAUAUCCUCUCUUCUUACCAAGAUUACGCUAAUCAAGAUCAAUCCAAUUCUCCAAUCGCCACUAAAGAGGAAUUUAACAAAAGCAGAAUGGCGAAAACAUCGGUGUUUUCGACAGAUGAUUCUGAUAAUCAGGAUGUGAUUAUUUUGGCUGUUGAGAGAUCCAUGAAGAAACACACGGAUAAUGUUAUGCGGGUUCUGGAGGGUCUUAGUUCGCGUUUAUCGCAGUUGGAAUUGUAUUCUUAUAACAUUGAUAAAUCGAUUGGGGAGAUGCGGUCCGAUUUGACCAGAGAUCAUGAAGAAUCGGAUGCCAAACUUAAGUUUCUCGAAAAACAUCUUCAAGAGGUGAACAGGUCUGUGCAGAUUUUGAGGGAUAAACAAGAGCUUGCGGACACUCAAAAGGAACUGGCGAAACUAAAACUCGCUCGAAAAGAAUCGUCUUCGAGUCAUAACUCGCAGCAGAAUGAUGAUCGGUCUUCAACACCGGAUACGCGAAAGAACGAAUCCCAUGGUCAGCAAUUAGCAUUGGUCCCAGCCCCCCAACCCGCUCCGGUCCCAGCCGCCCAACCACCGAUGACUCAACCGCAGGCUUAUUAUUUGCCUCCUGGUUCGACCCAAUACCCGCAGGCUCAACUGCAGCCACAGGUUCAGUCGGUAUCGCAGUAUCCGCAGCAGUGGACCCCACAGCCACAGCCAACAAUGCAACCCGGACAGCAGUGGAUCCCACAGGUGCAGCCACAGCCAACGAUGCAAACAGGGUCAUCAUCGCCUCAAGUUUACCCUCAGUACCUUCCGACGAAACCACCUGUGAACCCCACGUCUCCUGAGCCGCUUCCAAACAGUAUGCCAAUGCAAAUGACAUACUCAGCCAUGCCCCCGCCUGGCUCUAACCAACCAAUGACUUACUCGUACGUUGGACCAGCCCGAACAGCUCAGCCUCAACCAUCACCACAACAUCUGAUGAAGCCUGGUUAUGGAGGGCAGCCAGGUGACGCUUACGCCGCAGGUGUGCCGCCCGAUGCGUAUAUGGUGUAUGAUAACGUGUCGGGAAGGGUUCAACAUCCGAGUCAGGGGAGUAGUGGCGUCGGUGGUGGUGGUGGGAUGAUGUCACGUCCACCGCAGCAGUUUAUGCGCUAUGGUGAAGUGAUAGAUAAACUGGUGAGUAUGGGGUAUCGAAGCGAUCAUGUGAUGAGUGUGAUUCAGAGGAUGGAUGAGACUGGACAGACCGUUGAUUUCAACGGUGUGUUGGAUAGGUUGAAUGGAAGAGGAUGGUCUAAUUGAUUCGUGUGGAUUUUCAGUUUACUUGUUAAGAAUAAGCUUUAAUGUGUGGCGACGGGGAGAGAGGUUUUAGUUUAUGAUCUCUCCGUUGUAGCCUGCAAUGACCGUAGACAAUGCUAGUUGUGUUUUUCUUGACUGGUGUUGCUAUGUUUUUAUGUAUCGGUUUGUCUUGGGCGUUGUUGUGUACUUGUAACCUCAACAUCCGCUCUUAAUUAAUACCUGUUUGUCUGUUUGUUCG